AUGUCUGGCAAACCUGAAUCUCAGGCAGACAUUCCGUCCUCGCUGAAGGCGACGACCGCAGGUGCUCCAGCUGCUGCUGCUGCCGUUCAACCCACUCCAGCAGCUCGGGCCCCAGCGCCAUCGUCAGCCCCAGCACCCUCUGGCGAAGCCCAAGACGCCCAAGGCCACCAGCAGGCCCCGGGCCAAAAGUACCCCCAGCAUGGCCAUUUUGGUCCAAACAGUCAGGGAAAACCGUACAAUAGACACAACACCCAACAGGGUGGAUCAGCACCGGGUACUCCUCAGCACCACCACCAGCAAGUGCACCAUCACCACCAGGGCCAAAGAAACUACCAGAAAAACUACUACAAUAACGCUGGUGCCAAUGCUAAUGCUGGUGCAAAUAACAGUGGUUCCAAGCAACACCAUCAGCAGCAUCACCAACAACGCAACUAUGCGAAGGUGGGUGCUCAGCAGGGCCAGUACCAAAACUACGGCUACCCUUCCAACAUGUACAACUACUACCCCAUGUACUACCCGCCUCAGAUGAUGCAGGCUGCCACGGGAGCGGUCAGUGUGCCAGGCUCGUACGCCCCUCAACUGCCGCUGCUUUCACACUCACCCGUGCAGACUUACCCGGCUGCCAGUGUCUCUCCUGCUGGGUCUUCAAAAGUGAAGAUCACAGACAAAGAUGGGAGACAGGUGAACUUGGAGGAGAAGAAGAAGCUGAGCGCCAGCUCGUCUGCGCUGACGACCCCAGUGCCUGCUACAGCUCAGAUGGUGAAGCCUCAGAGCUCCGAGUCUGCUCCUGCCACUGCUUCUGAGUCUGCUCCUGCUACCAACACUGGUGCCUCUGCGGGUGCCACCCCUGCCGCUGCUGCGAAGAAGACGAAUGCAGCGGAGGAGUUCAGGAAGAAGAUUUUGGCUAAGGCCAAGGCUGCAAAGGAGGCAAAGGAAAAACAAGAAGCCGAGGCUAAGGCUAAGGAGAAACAGAAUGAGCCAGUGGCGGAAGAAGCUGCUAAGAAAGACACCCCAGCUGUUGAGCCAAUUGCAGAGGCCGUUCCAGAAAAGAAGGAGGAGCCAGCCAUUAUUAAAACAGAAUCUCCAGAGCUGAAGGAAGUGCCACCAAAGGAAGCUGAGAAGCAAGCUGUGCCAGUAGAGAAGGCAGUUGAGCCAAAGGUUGAGGAAGAGCCAGUUGAAACAUCAAAGCCUGCUGAACCUGCUUCUCUACCCGAGGAAAGAACGCCUUCGACAGACGCUUCAAAGACAGAGUCUGCUCCUGUUGGUGUGCCAGAGGGUGCCCCUGCUGAGGCAAAAGCUACCGUCGCUGAGCCAGAAGCUGCCCAUGAGGCUGAGCCUGCUUCCACGGAGCCAGCUGAUGACAUCGAAGAGGAGGAUGAAGGUGUCGAGGACGCUGAGCCCGAAAAUGAAGCUGGUGUUUUUGAUCUUUCCUCAUUCUUCGACAGGUUGCAAACCUGUAAGGAUAUUGAAGAUGCUUUCACCUACCCUUACCCAUACCCAUUGACUGGUGUUGACGCUAGAUGGAGGGCCGGCAAGAAGAAAUAUAGAUACGACCCUCAAUUCUUGCUUCAAUUCCGCGAGUCGGUAUCAUACCCAGUUGACGACGCCUGGAAGGAGAAGCUUGAAGGCUUGGGCAUCGUUGCAAACAAGAGACCAGGACCCGGCGGUCCACAACGCAUGAACUCCACCAGAUUUGGCAGUGGGCCCAUUCCAAACAGAAUGGGCGGACCACAACAGGGAAGACCUGGUCUGUUUGACGGCAGACAGAACUCUAGAUCUGGCUCGAGAAGAAGAGGUGGAUCUAGCAUGGGUAACCCCAGGGAGAGAUCUACGAGAAACAGAAACCAGUCUAGAAGAGGCCCUAAGGAGAAAGAGGAAGAGCCACCAAAACCAGCAGAGGAGGUGAAACCACUAGUUCCUUCUGCCAACAGAUGGGUGCCAAGAUCAAGACAGAAAAAGACGGAAGUGAAGACUGCUCCGGACGGAACAGUUCUUCUUGACAAGGAGGAUGUCGAGAGAAAGGUGAAGUCUUCGUUGAACAAGUUGACUUUAGAGAUGUUUGAGCCAAUCACAGAAGAAUUGUUGACCAUAGCCAAGCAAUCGCGUUACGAAGAAGAUGCCGCUACAAUCAAGCAGGUUAUUUCUUUGACAUUUGCCAAAGCCUGUGACGAGCCAUACUGGUCUGCGGUCUAUGCACAAUUUUGUGCUAAGAUGUUGAAAGAGAUUUCCGAUGACAUCAAGGAUGUUAACACCCUUACAAAGAGCGGUGAGCCAGCUACUGGUGGUGACUUAGCUAGAAGAAUCUUGUUGGCGACUUGCCAGUCCGAAUACGAAAAGGGCUGGGUUGACAAGCUUCCUACCAACCCUGAUGGUUCUCCAUUGGAGCCAGAGAUGAUGUCUGACGAAUAUUACGCUAUGGCUGCUGCCAAGAGAAGAGGUCUUGGUUUGGUCAAGUUUAUUGGUAACUUGUACAUCUUGAACAUGUUGAAUGAUCAGGUCAUUUUGCAUUGCUUGAGAGAUCAGUCGAAGAACGUCACGGACCCAUCCGAGGACUCGUUGGAAAACUUGGCGCAAUUGAUCAAGACUGUUGGUCCAAGAUUUGAGGCAUCGGAAAGAAACAAGGCUGCAUUGAACAUGAUUUUUGACAACAUUCAGCUAAUCUUGGACAACUGCAAGCUCUCUUCCAGAAUCAAGUUUAUGUUGAUGGACUUGCAGGAUUUGAAGAAGAGCAACUGGAAGUCGCUCAAGCAAGAGUCGGGACCUAAGACGAUCAAAGAAAUUCAUAACGAGGCCGAGUUGAAGAGACUAGAAGAAAGUAGGGCGCAAGCGGAGAAGAGAAGAAACAAGGGUGGCUACAACAGUGGUGGUUACAGUGGUGGGGACUCUAGAUCCAACUCCACAAGAGGAGGGGCUUCCUGGGGUAACAAGAAGGAGUCAAGAGCACCAACAAAGGACUCUAGAGGUUUCCAGUCGGUUUCGAGGUCUCAAUCAAACAGACCCACCCCAGACUCUAGCUUCAAUGCGUCGCACAUGUCUCCAAGAGAAAACUCAAAGAGAACUGACUCCAUGGCGUCCAACAUAUUCGCUGCUUUGGACGGUGACAACGACGAUAUGGAGUCUGAAGGCGCCGGCCACUAA